AUGCUGACGUUAGUAGCCUCAUCCAUAUCGCUCCGCCGGCCCCUGAUGGGUGCGCUGCGCGCUUUCGCGUCAGGCGGCGGGUGCCGCCACGGCCUCAACCGCGCCGUACCUUUACCAUCUCCCACGCUGCGUUCGUCGCUCCUCCCCACUCUGCGUACACUCUCCCAUUCUCUCAUCGCCACUACAACUACCAGUCCCAUCCUUCCCGCACGCGCCGCUUUUACGCCAUCCUGGAGCCGCGGUCUCGUGUCGCCUGUGUCGCCUUCUCCCUUUUUCCAUGGCAGCCAAUCUCGAGGUCUCGCCGGAUCUUUCCCACGUGGCUUGAAGGCCCCGCAUGGAAGACGAAAGCUCGCGAGUUCGAAUCAUGCAGGCGGCUACCGAAAACGGCUAGAUAUGAGGGCAGCGGCUGCUAGCGAUUCGGCGGAAGCUACAGCGGAAGGUGCGGGAGAGGAAGGGAAGCAGGGAGUUGCGGGGAAGGUGCCUGAUAUUUGCCCGGGCUGCGGCGUUACCAUGCAAAGCGAGGAUCCGAAACUUCCGGGUUUUUUCGUCCUCCCUGCCGCGCUCGACCCUGCUAGAUCCGCCGAGGUUUCGGGUUUAGGGGACGACGAGGGGAUAGAUGAAGAGGAGUUGGAAGAAUUAGAGGGUUUAGAGGAAGAAGAGGAGGAAGCCGCGGGCAGAAAAAAAGUUACCAUGUGGACGGAGUUUGACCUGAAGAAUCGGGGCAGCCCGGGAAAACUAGUGGAGGCGAAGCUUCCUCCCGUUGGAGAUGAUGCUGAUGACGUGGGCACGGGUUUCGAGGAGUUCGACGUGGACUUUGAUCUCGAUGCUGACCUGGCCGCGGAAGCUUCCAGAAAAAGCGGCAGGAAGGGCGGCAGCGAUGGCCAUGAGUAUGGAGAGGAAGAGGAAGAGGAAGAGGAGUUUGAUGAGGAGGCGUGGGCAAAGGCUUGGGAGGAUCAGUUGGAAAGAAACGGAGCAGACGAGCUGAAGCGAGAUUCUAGAGGGGUGGCGAGGGGAAGGGGCGAUCGGAUGAGGGGGAUGGAGGUGGAGGGGGAAGCGGAGGAGGAGGAGGAGGAGAAGGAUGGUAAAUUGGUGGUUUGUGCCAGGUGUCACGCCCUGAGGAACUAUGGGCAGGUGAAAGACGAGAGCGUGGAGAAUCUCCUGCCCGACUUUGAUUUUGAGAGGGCCGUCGGGCAGCGUCUCCGGGCAGCUUACGGCCGCCGGGCAGUUGUGCUUGUGGUGGUGGAUGCAGCAGAUUUUGACGGGUCCUUCCCGCGCCGGGCAGCCGAACUUUUGGCUCGGGCAGAAGCUGAGGCCGCGGGCAAGUGGAAGGAAUCCCAGGCGGAUGGCAAAGCAGCAGGGCCUCCGGGCGGCAGCAACACGUUUCGUCUCAUCCUCGCGGCGAAUAAAGCCGACCUUCUGCCGCCCCAAAUCUCGCCGCUCCGACUGGAGCAGUGGAUUCGGCGCCGUGCGAAAGCGGGCGGCCUGCCUCGUCUUACAUCGCUGCAUCUACUAUCAGCUAAGACGGGGUUUGGAGUGGGGUAUUUGGCUUCCCAACUAGCCACAUUAGCAGGACCCAGGGGAGACGCAUGGGUUCCUGGGACGACUAUAGGGGUGGUGCCUAUAGAGGGGGUGUUGGGGGGAAGGACGAGAGUGAUGGACACGCCAGGGCUGCUGCACCCGCACCAGCUGUCGGUGCGGCUUACGAGGGAGGAGCUGAAGGUGGUUGUUCCGAAAAAGGCGCUAAAACCACGCACAUUUCGCAUCAAGCCAGGGCAGUGCGUGCUGCUGGGGGGACUCGCCCGAGUGGAUGUGGAGGAGGCAGCAGCGGAGUCCAUUUAUCUGACGGCGUGGCUCUCGCCAAUGAUAGCGUGCCACAUGGGCAAGAUCGCCAGCGCGCCAGCUGUGCUGGAGAAGCACGUCGGGGUCAAGCUGCAGCCGCCAGCAGAGGCAUCUCGCAUGGCGGACCUCGGAAUGUGGUUACCACGUUCUGUUACAGUGGAGGGCACGCGGUGGGAUCAGAGCAGCACAGACGUAGCCAUAGCCGGGCUUGGUUGGGUGGCGGUUGGAAUAAAGGGUUCCGCGAAACUCAAAGUGUGGACCUUUGAAGGGGUGGGUGUGACUGUAAGGGAAGCCAUGGUGUUUGAUUAUGCGCCUGUGUUUGAACGCCCAGGGUUUUCGACUGGUGGGUUGCCGGUGACUAAAGAAGAUGGAGGGAAAGGGGGCAGUGGCGGUGGUGGUGCGGUGGGGAGCGGUUCGAAUGGGAAGAAGGCGAAGAAGAAAACUAGAGGCGGCAGCAAUAGGUCGAGGCCUGACGAGAUAGACGCAGUGGUGCUGUAG